GAUAUUCGGGCACAUGCGCAUUGGAGUUCUGUCUGAAGCGUUGUUUGGUGGGGAGUCGGGUUCGACACUAAUCGGGAAUCGACAGCGGCGGGAAUGGAGCCAAUUGCGCCAGGUCCUCCUGCAACAACCAAUUUGUUUCAACCUCCUCGCAGGCCAGGACUUGGUACAGUUGGGAAACCUAUUCGCCUGUUGGCCAAUCAUUUUCAGGUCCAAAUCCCUAAAAUUGAUGUUUACCACUAUGAAGUGGAUAUCAAACCAGAGAAACGUCCCCGCAGAGUCAACAGAGAAGUGGUUGAUACUAUGGUACGACACUUCAAGAUGCAAAUUUUUGGGGAUCGGCAACCAGGUUAUGAUGGGAAAAGAAAUAUGUACACUGCAAAUCCAUUACCAAUUGGGCGAGAAAGGGUUGACUUGGAAGUGACCCUCCCAGGAGAAGGUAAAGAUCAGACAUUUAAGGUUUCUAUACAGUGGGUAUCAGUUGUCAGUCUGCAGUUACUUUUAGAAGCUUUGGCAGGACGUCUUAAUGAAGUUCCAGAGGAUUGUGUCCAGGCACUUGACGUUGUCACGAGGCAUCUUCCCUCGAUGAGGUACACCCCAGUAGGUCGUUCCUUUUUCUCUCCUCCAGAGGGUUACUAUCACCCUUUGGGAGGAGGUAGAGAAGUCUGGUUUGGUUUCCAUCAAUCUGUUCGACCAGCCAUGUGGAAUAUGAUGUUAAAUAUUGAUGUGUCUGCAACAGCGUUUUACAGAGCUCAACCAGUCAUUGAGUUCAUGUGCGAGGUAUUAGACAUUCAGAAUAUCAAUGAGCAAAGCAAACCACUGACUGACUCGCAGCGUGUGAAAUUUACCAAAGAAAUAAGAGGUCUAAAAGUGGAGGUGACUCAUUGUGGACAGAUGAAAAGAAAAUAUAGAGUGUGUAAUGUCACCCGACGGCCGGCCAGUCACCAGACGUUUCCUCUACAACUGGAAAAUGGGCAAGCAAUGGAGUGUACAGUGGCACAAUACUUCAAACAAAAAUACAAUUUGCAACUUAAAUAUCCCCACCUACCUUGUCUACAAGUGGGACAAGAGCAGAAGCACACCUAUCUGCCACUUGAGGUAUGUAACAUUGUAGCUGGGCAACGUUGUAUCAAGAAACUAACAGACAAUCAAACAUCAACAAUGAUCAAAGCAACAGCUCGAUCAGCGCCCGACCGACAAGAGGAGAUUAGUCGUCUGGUGAAGAGUAACAGUAUGAUUGGUGGGCCAGAUCCAUAUCUAAAGGAGUUUGGUAUUGUCGUUCAUAAUGAAAUGACUGAGGUCACAGGUCGAGUGCUGCCUGCACCGAUGCUCCAGUAUGGAGGCAGGGUAAGUCUGAUGUUGGACGGAAGCAGCUGGAAUUGUGAAUGCACAGGACUUGAAAAUAAGACUGUUGCUACCCCAAACCAGGGGGUAUGGGAUAUGAGAGGCAAACAAUUCUAUGCUGGCAUUGAGAUUAAAGUCUGGGCAGUUGCCUGUUUUGCACCACAGAAGCAGUGCCGGGAGGAAGUUUUAAAGAAUUUUACUGAUCAGUUGCGUAAAAUUUCCAAAGAUGCUGGAAUGCCUAUUCAGGGACAGCCGUGUUUCUGUAAAUAUGCACAAGGUGCAGACAGUGUAGAACCGAUGUUUAAGCACCUGAAGAUGACUUAUGUUGGUCUGCAAUUGAUUGUAGUUAUUCUACCUGGGAAGACUCCUGUUUAUGCUGAAGUGAAACGUGUGGGUGACACAUUGUUGGGAAUGGCCACACAAUGUGUUCAGGUGAAGAAUGUAGUCAAAACAUCCCCGCAGACAUUAUCAAAUCUUUGUUUGAAGAUUAAUGCAAAACUUGGUGGAAUCAAUAAUGUUCUUGUACCUCACCAGCGACCAUCUGUGUUCCAGCAGCCAGUCAUCUUUUUGGGAGCAGAUGUCACACACCCACCAGCAGGAGAUGGCAAGAAGCCCUCAAUUGCAGCAGUGGUUGGUAGUAUGGAUGGACACCCUAGUCGAUACUGUGCAACAGUUCGUGUGCAGACAUCAAGGCAAGAAACAUCUCAGGAGCUUCUGUUUAGUCAAGAGGUAAUCCAGGAUCUGUCCAACAUGGUGCGUGAGCUUCUAAUCCAGUUUUACAAAUCAACCCGCUUCAAACCAACACGUAUAAUCUACUACAGGGGUGGAGUAUCCGAAGGACAAAUGAAACAGGUUGCCUGGCCUGAGCUUAUUGCUAUUCGAAAAGCCUGUAUUAGUUUAGAGGAGGACUACAGACCUGGCAUAACAUACCUUGUUGUGCAGAAACGACAUCAUACGCGACUAUUUUGUGCUGAUAGAAGUGAAAGGGUGGGUAAAAGUGGCAAUGUUCCUGCUGGCACAACUGUUGAUAGCACCAUCACCCAUCCUUCCGAGUUUGAUUUCUACCUUUGCAGUCAUGCAGGAAUUCAGGGUACUAGUCGCCCUUCGCACUAUCAUGUCCUGUGGGAUGACAACUGCUUUUCAGCUGAUGAAUUACAGCUUUUGACGUAUCAGCUGUGUCAUACUUAUGUGCGAUGCACACGCUCUGUCUCAAUCCCUGCACCUGCGUAUUAUGCCAGAUUGGUUGCAUUUAGAGCAAGAUACCAUCUCGUCGACAAGGAUCAUGACAGUGCUGAAGGAAGCCACAUAUCUGGACAGAGCAACGGACGGGAUCCACUGGCAUUGGCCAAGGCUGUACAGGUCCACCACGACACCCAGCAUACGAUGUACUUUGCAUAAGACCUGCUGAUGAAUUUUCCAGCCAUUUCCAGCAUAUUCUGCCGUUCUGAAACGUCCUUAGUGCUUAAAUUUUUUUAAAUAAACUCAUGAGGGCCAAGCCUGUUUCAGACAGCAAUCUACCAGCGAAAGGAUGCAACGCACUGAAUGACUCAUUUAACUCAUUAGGAUUUAAAUGCACAGAGAAAUGAGCCAUUGUUCUUCAUAAUCUACCAGAAGCACUAUAUAAGGACAACUGUGGUGGCUUUUUCCAACCACGCUGAUUUUAUAUUUUUUACCUCAAGGCAAGAAGACUGAACAUCAUAGGGGAAAAUUGCAUGAAUGACUUUGAUUGUUACUACAUUCAGUAGCAAGUUUUGAUAUUGUGUGUUUUCUUUUUCUGUUUAUACGAGGUAACACUGUUGUUAAACCCAUCUAUUUUUAAUCUUUUACAAAACGACUGUGUGCGCGUGUGUGUGUGUGAGAGAGAGAGAGAGUGAGACAGACACGAGGGAGAGAGAUGGGCAUUAGAUUCUUUGUAGCUAGUUCAAGGGUAUUAAUUGUGCAACAAUUUCAAAGUGAACCCUUGAAAUUGUACAACUGAAGGUGCAAGUGUUUCCAAACUAUACAAGUACAGGCAAACCACAUUGUGCACUCAUAAAUGCAAAGUAGUUAUUUAUGGUUCAUCUUUGUAAGGCUUAAGUUCCUCUUGCGAUGUGGCUGAUUCCGAAAGAUUGAGCUGCAUUCCAAAUGGUUGAGGUUUGUGGUAGAAUAUAAAGGAAAUAUGUAUAAGUCCAAUAUUUAGUAUUUAAAUGAAUCAUUUUAGAAUUUUAUAGUUCUGAAAUGUUUUGCUGACAUAAAAUCUGACGCUAUGAAAAAUAUCAGGCUUGCUUGACCUAUUAAUGUGCCCAAUCUGUCAAUCUCUUUGGUCUGACAAUAUUUUUCUAUUUUUGAUGCUCUGUGGUCAUCAGUAUGGUUCGUUCCCAGUUACCAUGAACUACCCAAAUCACAAAGCAUUUCUCAUCUUGCUUAUUUAGUGGCAUGCUGGUUAUGAAUACAAAUUGCCAGUUAACUUUGACAUAUUUUUGCUUUAAAAAUUCCUAAUUAAUGAUGCAGACCCUAUUGCCAUUGCUUUGGAAUGAAUUUAAUUUGUUUUUAAAUAGAGAUUUUGCACUAAAAGUUUAAUCUUUAUGAUUUUACCUUAAAUCAUAAUCAUAGCUGAAUGUAGUACAAUUCUGCCAUGCAAUUGAUGAACAAAGUCACUCAUUAGAUUUGCGUGUAACAGGAGUAAAGCCAGUCAUUACUGAAAGAUGCUCAAUAGAAUAACAUAUACUCUGUGGAGUGUAUUGUACUUGCAUAUAUUGAAAGAAAAAGAUUCUUGAACUUAUGCGACAUUUUAAAUUGUAGUUGCCAGGUUUUUUGCUGUUGAUCAUCAACAUCAGAAGCUUCUAAGUACUGAUAGUUUGCUGCACUAAGUUUCCAGUGGAAUAACAUUUAGUUGACUGCUUGAUUGAUUUGUUUGAUUGCAUAAACUAUUAUGGUGCUUGAAAAAUACUUGACUGUAUUUAUAUUGAGGCUUUUGCCAGCUGGACUGUCCAUGAUCACUUUAUAACUUGGGGAAGAAAGUUGUGUUCAAUGCUGUAUUGGGAAGACCAAAACUGUGGAUAUAAUACCACAGUUCAAAUUCUUGACAUUUAAAUUCAUAAUCGCAAUGGUUUGUUUUAUUUGAAGUUGAGCAUACCUUUUUGCAUUUGAACUUUUGUGCAAUAUAUUUUAAAAACCUUCAAUUAUAAAGCGCAGGCAAAGGCUAUAGAAAGAAGUUGUGCUGGUCAGGCAUGUGGGUGAUUUAAAAAGUAAUUUUAAUUUUCCAGUAUAGUUCUCCAGGAUAUUGAUGUAUUAUGUGGUUCCAUGUUUCCAUACACAAUUUUCAAUGAGCAGUGAUUUUUUUUGUAGGGUAAGAGUGUUUAAAUUUCUAAGCAAGCAAAGCAGUGCUAACCUAAAUAAGCUAAUAAUGCCGAUUCUGGAGUCUCGUCUAGAGAAUGGAUUCAUUCUAGCAACCUUUACUCUCAGCAAAAUUAUGCAGCUCCAUGCAAUUUUAUUGACUGUUUUCUUCAUUUAGUUUCUAACAUUCCAUAGAUGAAGGCAUUGCUAAGAAAGUUUAGUUUUGAAAAUGUUAUGUUGAACUACGCCAAAUGUUUUUUAAAAUAAAUGACAAGGUAUGGCUUUUCCAUGUAUUGAUCUGGUUUCCAGAUGGAUCCUUAUGGAAUUAUUCAACAACUGAUGAAUGUCUUUUCCCAAAAUUUAAAACAAACUUAUUUCCUGAUAGUUGAAGUGACUCUAUACAACUUUAAUUUGGUGACAUGUCCGAUAUUUUAUUAUCAUAUCUACUUGGCAUUGCUUUUAAGUUUUCUUUUGCCAGUUGCAGAUUGGUAGGCAGAUUUUAGUUUUUAAACGUGGAUAGAGCAACUCGAAACAUUACUAAUUUUUCUAUGGUCAACUUUAUCAACUUGGUCAAACAUUUUUGCUCAUGAAAUUGCUGUAUAUUUAGUAAAAUCUGUGAGGUUACUUGAGUUAUAAUAAUGGCAGUAAUUGGAGCGGUAGUGAAGCCGAUUUCCUUAUCUAUUUUAAACAUUUUUAAUGAAUUGUGUUUUUCAACAUUCUUGAGCUACAUCAUUGAUUCUACAUUGAAAAGUCUGGAAUACUGAAAACUACAAAGUUUAAAAGUUAUAACUUCUAUCGGCAAACACCUUUCUUCAGCCUUAAUGCAGUGAAUUUUGCCAAUAGAUUGAUAACAUCAUGCUAUUCAGUAACCAGUAUUUUGUAGAUAAUCUACUAAAUGGCAUAAUUGGGGCUUUUUCUUGUGAAUUAGCUGAAGUAUCCAGAAUAGACUGCUCGAACUAGGCACUGCCAAGGAAAAUCGAGGGUAAAGAUCAUUAAAAUUAAUGUUUUCCAAAAUAUAAACAUUUAUAGUUUUCAGAAUUUGUUCUUAAAAUGGAUCUCCAAAAUAAUGCCACUUCUGUUUCCUGAAUACAGGAAAUGGUCCUCAGGUCUUGAGGGAUGCAAACUGUGUAGUGAGACAUGUUUUAUUGAGGGUGUAUUUAUAUUUUACUUAAGUUUAUAGCAAUUGUAACAAAUUUGUGAUGUUGGAUCCACUUCUUCAUAAGAUCAUCACAAUAGUUUUGCAAAUAUAACAUGCAGACAGCUGGGACUUCAAUGCAUUACAGUAUUCUGUUUCCCUUUGUUUACUCUUAGAUAAUCCAUAAUGGCGAUAUAAAUUUUGAUUACUGUCAUAACAUUUAUCUAAAGUGGAGCUUGUAAUUAAGAAUGAUAGAGUGUACUUAUCACUUAUUUUUACAUUUUUUGAUUUGUAUGGUGUGGCAAAUGCCACUCAAGUUGUGUGGGCCAUAUUCAAUUUGAUUGACAUUUCCAAUGUAUAAGCAACAGCUGUGUGCAGAAUUUAAAUACCAGGAUGCAGUAAUGUAAACUGUUGACUGUGUUCCAUGAAUACAAAAUCAACGUCAAAUUCUGGGGGGAAUUUUGUAGCUUUAUGACUAUGACUUUAUGAUUAAACAAAAACAACUUUUGAAAUUAAGUAAAUAAUAAUCUAUAACAAUACUUCCAACCAGCUAAUGAAUCUGAAAUGAAGUAGCUGAAAUAUUAUUUCACAACAAAAUAAUAAUUAUCUGCUAUCUGAGGCAUAAAUCUGCCAGCUGAUAAUUUAAUAUCUAAUGGUCGGAAACUAUGUUCAUUAAAAUUUCUGGGAAAGUAAUCCUUUGAUCCAUAUUUAUUAACCUCCCAAGUCUGAUAAUCAAACUGCCAAAUGCUAUGAGUAAUUUUACUAAAACAGAAUUUUCCAGUUAUAAGUUGGUGUACUAAUAUUUUGGUGCAGUGAAUGGUGCAGAUGAACAAAUGCUUGCAGUUUCAUUAGAAACAGAUGAAAGAGAUAAUGGUAAAUAAUAUUCUUUGCAAUUACCAUAUUUGCAUAGGUACAGAAAGAAAAUAUUGAAUGAACUGAUUUCAGAGUGCAGAAGGACACCACUCGAUUAUUAUGCCUCUGCUAUUUUCAACAGCUGUCCAUUUGUCCUCAUUCUCCCGCACUGUCCUACAGACAAUUUUCUUUUGAGUUACUAUUUAUCUUUCAGAUUUUCUUGAUCGGGUCUUUCAUGAAUUGACUGCCCUGUGCACUUUAUUUUUUUUAAUGUUCUUGCUUGCCGCUUCGUUUUGUCAUAAAUUUACACAAUUGCCAUCUCGCCAGCUAUGGCGAUUGGUUAAAGUUGUCAUGUGACUGUAAACAUUUAUUUCAUUCUAGACAUUUUAGACAAUCAUCUGGUUAUUUUAAGGGAUUUAGUGCCCAUUUUAGACAUUCAUCUGGUUAUUUUAAGGAUUUUCCUCAUCUUUCUAUUGCUGAUUUGUUACUAAGUAUAACGGCAGAAUAUUUUUUGCAGUCAAUUCAUCACAACAGUUCAGUAACCGGUAGGAAAUAGUUCAGUGAUUGGUAGGAAAUUGGCUCCUGGUUGAAGUUUCCCUCUGCCUUAGAGAUAGAAUGUUGCUUCUAAUUUUCAGGGGGGGAAAAACAAAACAAACCACAGAAAUUUCUAAAAGAACUCUAAGAACAGUAUUUUUGGAAAAACAGAUGGAGUUGAUGUUUCAGGUCAAUAGUCUUUUAUUCUGUUGAGUAUUUGCAGCAUUUUCUAUUGUCAAUCAAUGGCCGGCUGUAAAUUUUGAUAAGCAUCAUUAUGAUAUCAUUUCUUAUGCUGGACAAAAAUGCUGGAGAAACUCAGCAGGUGAUUUGAGAAACACUACAAAAUCAUUUUGUAUAAGUACCUUAAGACCCCAGCCCCACCAAAAAUAAUAGUGUAUCAAUAACAGGAGUGUUUAAAGGGUGACUUAACAUGAAAAAAAAAUCCCAAAUUUUGGGAUCCCUCCCACAUAAGUUUGGUACUGUACUAAGUUGGCAAUAACGGGGCAAUUGACCAAACAAUUUGGCCUAAGCUAGGUUUUUGAGGAUCUCUUAAAGGAGGAACGAAAUCAGGAAGCAAAAAACUUAGAUCAGUUUAAAAAUAUAGGUGAAUGACACAGCUGCUAUUAGUGCGCACGUUUGGAAAUGUUCAAGAGCCCGGAACCAAAUAUGCAAGAUAUCUCUGCAGGACCAAAAACCAUCAGAUUAGUGACGGAGAGACGAGACCAUGGAGUAAUUUAAAGUUAAGGAUGAGAAAUUUAAUAUUGUGACUGCUUCACCAGGAGCCAAUGCAGUUUGUAUGUACUACAUUGAACGAAUGAAGGUAGAUACACAAAUUGCUGGAGUAACUCAGUGGGUCAGGCAGCAUCUAUGGAGCAAAAGGAUGGGUGACGUUUCAGGUUGGAACCAUUCUUCAGACUGAGCGAACAGAACUUUAUGGGAAGUACAAGGGUGAAGCAUUAAAAUAAUUGUUUACGGAAAUAGGAAACGGACGGAUGAGAGUUGUUGAAGCAGGUAGAGUUAGAUGGUAUGGAUAGAUAGAAUAAAGUUCAACUCCAGGGCAAAUCUGACACCGAUUGGCAAAAGUCUCUUAAUUUUAAAUGGUUGCCAGGAUGAGGGAAAAGGUCAAUGGUUGGAGAAUGAGGUUUGUGAUUGCAGAAGAUGAUGACUUCAGUCUUCCCAAUUACUGUUCAUCCAGAAUUGGACAUGAUUUGUUGCAAUCUAACAAUAGAUAGGUAACUGCAUUAAGAGAUACAGUGGUCAGACAGCUGCAUGUUGCAAGUAUAACCUGAUUUUGGAUGAAGGGCAGUAUGUAAUGGAGAAAUGUGUGCCAUUGAUUGAUUCUUGGAAGAUACCAAAAGUAACUCCAGGAACAAGUGGUGAAAUCAUUGCAGCUAAUUCUCUGCUGUGACUGGAUAGACGAGAUUGGAACAAUUAGAGCUGGACAAUAGGUGGAUUGGAUAGAUAUUGGAGAAGAAUGGUUGGGUUGACUUUGUUAAAAGGUUGAGAAAGGCAGAUUUUUCAUCCAGUGGAUGUUACUUGCUAAUGAAAUUUUGUAAUUUGUGUUUAAUUAGUCCACAAACAAUUCACCACAUUGUGCUUUAUGAAUACGGUAGAAGCAAUUGGUGUAUUUUUCUCUCGAGAUAAUAGCUGCCAUAAUGGCAUUUUAAUACCACUUUGGCUAGUUUUAAAUUAGAUUAAUGUUGUUUACAGAUGAAACCCCCAUGGAGACAAGAAAACAACUUUAUUACCUUCUCCCCACACAUAGCAAAAGUGACUGCACACCACGCAUGACUGACAACCUCGUGCGGGUUUUCUCUUUGAGCUAGGUAAUACCACCUCUUCUGCCAAGCAGGAAUGAGUUGAUUCAACAUAUGCUUGAUUUUUACCUGAAUCUUCACAAUCUGUAGCUUUGUACCAUACUAGACUUUGUGCCUAAUGAUUUUUGCUAGUUUUGCCCUGUAUAUUCAUGGAAGCAAUGAUCUUUGAAUUGCUGCCUGUGUGAAAAUAUUUAUUUUUUUCUUUGUCUUGCCAUUUUAGAUUUUCUGUAUACCUAUGUUGCUAGAAGUUUCCAAUUCCUACGAGUAUUGCCGAGAAUAACUAACUUCUAUUAAGUCAUGAGUGUAUUAUCAAUAAACCAAUUAUGAUAUUGGUUAUAGUGGUUUUUAGUUAACCUGUCCUUAUGAAUUAUCAUUCUAAACUUGUCACUUGAAAUUCUGUUUUUCUUCCUGCGUCAGCUUUUGUCAUCUAACAAAUUAUAAGUUUCUUAAUGAACACACCGCCAUGAAAUUUUAUAAAUGCCCAAAUGUGUUGCCAGUUUAAAACUGAUCAUUGCACGUUUUGUGAUGCACAUUCAUCCAAAGUUUUUGGGUGACAAGUUUUGUAUCCUAGCUGAUGUUAAGAUGGUGUGGGUUGUGCAGAAAAAAGUCUAAAAUUUGUAAGUAAUACUGUAAAUUAGCCUGGUAAUCAUGGGCUUUACGCCCCAGCCUUUGCUGUACGAAAUGCAUUGAAGGCAUUUCAUGCUGCAUAGUUCUGCUGUAAACAAUUUUUGUGUAGUUCAUUGGGAAAGUUGUUGAUAAGAUGUAUGCAUUCUUCAAUGAAGUUGGAAAAGCUUUUCUUUUUGUUUACACAUUUAGAUAAGUGCUGUUUUGAUUAUUUUAUUGAUUUUUGUGUCUACCAAUACGAGGUACUCUCUUGAGCUGUAGGAAUCGAAAUUGUGUGGUAACCUUCCCUACACAGUAAAAGAUGUUGGCUGAUUGAAUUGCAAAUCUGUAUUGCAAUAUGAUUUUUAGUCUGCAGGGAAAACUUGUGUUCACAUGACAAUAAAAUGGUAUUUUCAUGCCAAAACUUGUAAAGUCUUAA